AUGGCAAGAUCCUAUUCAGCCUCGCAAUUCGAGCUUUUAGAACAACUUGGAAGAGGCUCUUUUGGGGUCGUUUAUAAAGCACGGGAUAAGAUAACCAACCAAAUCGUCGCCAUCAAACAGAUAGACCUUGAAUCCUCAGAUGAAGACAUCAAUGAAAUUCAAAAAGAAAUCACAAUCCUUUCAACUUGCAAGUUCCCUCAGAUCAUCAAGUAUUAUGGAUGUUAUGUUAACAGUUACAAGCUUUCAAUCAUCAUGGAAAUCUUGAAUGGAGGGUCGUGUCUUGACUUAUUGGUUUCCAUCAACUCAUUUACCGAAAAGCAAAUUGCCGUCAUUUGUCGCGAAAUAAUCAAAGCGCUAUACUAUCUUCAUUCCAAUAACAAAAUCCAUAGAGAUAUUAAGGCUGCUAACAUUUUGGUCGAUGACAACAAUGGUGAUGUCAAAAUCGUAGAUUUCGGAGUCGCGACCCAGUUAUCAAAUAACCUCUCUAAAAGAAAUACUUUUGUCGGUACCCCAUUUUGGAUGUCUCCUGAAGUCAUUUUACAACAUGAUUAUAAUUAUAAAACCGAUAUUUGGUCACUUGGUAUCACUGCUAUUGAAUUGGCGUUGGGAAAGCCCCCAUUAUCCAACAUCCAUCCAUUAAAAGUGUUGUUUCUAAUUCCAAAAAAUAAUUCGCCAGCACUACCACCAAAAAAUCCAAAUACCGGUGAAGUUUACUCCAAGAAUUUUCAUGAUUUCAUCAAACUAUGUUUACAAAAAAAUCCGUCAAUGCGACCGACUGCAAAACAGUUGUUGAACCACCCGUUCAUUAAAAGUGCCGGUAAAAACUCAGAAUUGUUGGAAGCAAUAAACUUGAAAAGGAAAUUGGCCAAUACCGAAAGCAACGGCGAAAAAACUAACAAAACCAAUAACAAUCCAAAUGUUCUAUUGGCAUCCAGACAAGAUUCUAAAAAAUCAUCCGGAUCUAUAAACUCACAAACCAGCUUAGCUUCCCAACCAACAAGUCAAAUCACUUUUGAUUUUGAUGAUCUGAAAAUCGAGGACAAUGAGCAAUCAACAAUAAAGCAGAAUAAUGACCCACUCAUUUCUCCUUCAUUAUCUUCUAAUUCUUCUUCUUCGAGCUCAUUAAUGUCAAAAUCGAACCGCUACACAACGCACAAUAACGACUCCACUAGCAACAAUCAUAAUUUAACCAGAAAUAUAUCACCAAUAUCACAACUUUCAGCAUCCUCGUCAUCAUCUGUGGGAGGAACAUCACCCAAAAAAAUAUCGUCAAGAGAGGAUUUGAAGGUUUCGAACUCUUUGAAAAAAUUAUCCAUCAACGAGUGUCAAAGCACUAACACCUCUCCAACAAAGAAAUCCCACCAUUCAGGAAGAAGUUCCGUCGCUAACGUCAAUAACUCUUCAUCAAAAAAUCUACCGGAUUGUAUAACUCCCCAAGAAAGCCCAACCAGGAACAACUCAAAACGUUUAAACAGAAGCAAUAGCUCAAAAAAACACAUGCACUCGCAUAGCCAUUCACACUUUCAUGGUAGUAGUAAGGAGAGCAUGAAGCUUUCUCACUCCAGAUCGCAAUCCCAUGGUGACAAUCUUAGUAGGUCGAAUUCACAAUUAUCGAAGCAACAUUUAAUGAACCAAUUGCCACAAACUCCAAAGUUUUUUGGUAAUACUAAAGGCAUGACUAAAUCACAAAGCUUAUAUGGCAUAGGAUCUCACGCAAAAUUGUCUCCUGAGGGAAGGUCUAAUUACCCACAGGAUAAUAACAGGCCUUUGAAGAGUUCCAAGUCUUCAAUGUUUGUUGACUUAAACUAUAAACUCAAUUUUGACAAUGGUGAAAAACAACCACAAGAUAAUGUUUUUGGGGGAGAGAUAGUUAGAAGUACUAGUAAAUCGUCAAACAAAUAUACUCCAUCACCUUCUAAUAAUGGAGGUCUUGUCGGCACUGGGAAUAAUGACAGCAAGGUGAGUUUGUUUGAUUUUGAAAUUAAGGAGGAGAUGUGUUCCAUUAAAUCACAAUCCUCGGGAUUGGAAAGAAACUCUUCGGGCUUUCAAAAGUCUCCAACCAAAGUGCCUCGUAACCGAGGUAAUAACUUGUUCGAUAGCCCAGAACUGCAAAAAAGUCCAAAAUUCAGACAAUCAAGAGGAUCUCGUGGUAAUGAUUUCUUCCCAACGUCGCAACAACAACAACAACAACAACAACUGCCAAAGAAAUCACCUAUUCAGCACCAAUUCUCCCAAUAUUGCAAUAAUUCUUUGGCACAUGUGAGAGAAUCUAUUGAUGAUGAUGGGGAAGCUUCAGGGAAAAUUCAAGCUUUGAACCAUGCUCUAUGCAACUCGUUUAAUUCUGAAGCAGACUUUACUGUAAUGUUGAGUUACUUGAGAGGAAUCAUUCUGCAAGUCGACAGGCAAAGAUGUGCUCCAAAAGGACCGGAUUUUGGAGUGAUGUUAGAGGCUGAAGAUGAGUUGUAUGAUAGACUCAUACCUAAAGGGUUGAGGAAUGAAAAACCAAUAAAGGAAGAGAGAACUAAGGACAAUGUAGAAGAAUUGCUCUUAAGUAGAUGGGCAGAAGGAGUUCUUGAGCGUUGGAAUGAGUGA